ACUCUUAACCUUAGUUCCACAAACCAUAGUUUGUUGUUCCUUUGCAGUUAGAACUCACAAUUUCACAGUGUUGCACAUAACCGCCAUUCUUCACUUCUCUCUCUCUCUUCUCUUCUCUCUCAUCUUUCAACCUGUUCUUAUUCUCUGCAACCCUUCAAUUCUCUGUUUUCCUCCAUGUUUUUGUUCACAACAUGGUAACCUCAGUUUGCUAAGAAUGUCUGUUUUUCCUUCGUUGUCGCUUCAGUUUCGUGAAUCUCAUUUCGGGUUUCUGUUUUUCUGAUUUUCCGGGGCGUGUUUCUUGGAACCCUAGUUCCUAAAUUUGUGAGAUCUGAGAUUGGCGGUGUUGUGCUGAGUUUCGUUUGAUUUGAGAUUCUGGAUUUGGAGAUGAAGAUUGAGGCGGGGUUAGGAGGAGGUGGGUUGUGGAAUGAAGAUGACAUAGCCAUGGGAACAGAGGUUCUAGGCGCAAACGCUUUUGCUUACUUGUUUGCCGGCUCGUUUUCGAAUGAGAAUCAGUUAAUGACGAUUGGGACUGGCGAGAAUCUGCAGAACAAGCUUUCGGAUCUCGUGGAGCGUCCCAAUUUAUCGAACUUCAGCUGGAACUAUGCAAUUUUCUGGCAAAUUUCGCAGUCCAAACAUGGGGAUUGGGUUCUGGUUUGGGGAGAUGGGUGUUGCAGGGAGCCGAGGGAGGGGGAAGAACGUGGAGGAGGAGGAAUCAGAGGGGUUCUUCGUGUUGAAGAUGAGAAGCAGCAGAGGGUGAGGAAGAGGGUGCUGCAGAAGCUUCACACAACGUUUGGGGGUUCAGAUGAGGACAAUUAUGCUAUUGGGUUGGACCGUGUCACCGACACGGAGAUGUUCUUUCUUGCUUCCAUGUAUUUCUCUUUCCCUCGUGGGCAUGGUGGUCCAGGUCAGUGUUUUGCAUCCGGGAAGCAUUCGUGGAUCUCGGAUGCAUUGAAAUCUAGUUCUGAUUACUGUGUGAGGUCUUUCUUGGCAAAAUCUGCUGGAAUUCAAACUAUUGUUUUAGUCCCUACUGAUUUGGGUGUGUUGGAAAUGGGUUCUGUGAGAGUGGUGGGAGAGAGCAUUGAAUUGUUGCAGGCUGUGAAAUCUGUGUUUUCAGCACAAUCAUCACUCACCAGGGUGAAGUCAAUUUCAUCACUGGAUUUGGUUGGUGAAAAGAGAGAUGAGAGUGCCCCCUUUUCUAGUUUAGCAAUUGGGGGUUGUAAUGGUAAUAAGAAUAGUAGUAGUAGUAUUCAUGGCAAUAAUAAUGGUCAUUAUCAUAAUAGAGUAGAGGGAAUUGGAGUUCCUAAGAUUUUUGGGCAGGAUUUGAACUCUGUGACUGUGACUCCUUUCAGGGAGAAACUUGCUGUUAGGAAAAUGGAAGAGAGGCCAUGGGGUGGUCAUCCUCCUCCCAAUGGGAAAAGCAUAGGUUUUCCCAAUGGUGUUCAUGGUACUAGUUGGGGAGCUGGUCAAAGUUUGUGGCAGCCUGGCUCUGCAGAGAUAUUUGCUCCUCCGAGGACCUCGAAAAGCAGUGUGCCGGAGCGAGCCAAUGGCGGUGCAAGGCAUGAUUUUCUGCUUAAUAACUUUCAACAGCAAAGGCAGGUGCAGAUGCAAAUUGAUUUCUCAGGAGCCACAUCAAGGCCUUCUGUGAUUGCAGAAUCAGAGCUUUCUGAUGUUGAGGGCUCAUGCAAGGAGGAGAAACCGGGUGCUGCCGAUGACAGAAGGCCGAGGAAGCGGGGCAGGAAGCCGGCUAAUGGAAGGGAAGAGCCCCUCAAUCACGUGGAGGCCGAGAGGCAAAGGCGUGAGAAGCUGAACCAACGCUUCUACGCUUUACGAGCUGUUGUUCCCAACAUCUCCAAGAUGGACAAGGCAUCUCUGCUGGGAGAUGCUAUUUCGUACAUCAAUGAGCUACAAGCAAAACUCAAGAACUUGGAGUCAGAGAGAGCAAGACUUGGAAGAACCUCUAGAGAUGAAUCAGUGUUGCAGAAGGCCAACCCAAGAGUUGAAAAUCAUCAGAAUUUUGGAGCUCCUGAUGUGGAUAUUCAAGCCACACAAGAUGGGGUCACCGUAAAAGUGAGUUGCUCUGUUGAUGUUCAUCCUGUUUCAAGAAUCAUCCAGGCAUUCAAAGAGGCAGAAAUCAGUGUUGUAGAGUCGAAUCUCACAGCUUCAAAUGAUACCGUCUUCCACACAUUCGUAGUUAAAUCCCAAGGCCCUGAGCAGCUGACAAAGGAGAAGUUGAUUGCAGUGUUUUCCAGAGAAUCCAACUCCUCGCCGCCAUUAUCAUCAUCGGUAGGAUAGCCAUGGGAAACGCAAUUAACAUAGUCCAUAGGUAUGAUACUUAGAGAAGAAACCAAAAAAUCUAUUUCUUCCUCAGAAAUUUUGUUAUACAAUAGAUGAUCAUAAGAAGUAUUAACCGUGUAGGGCAUUCCAUUUAUGUUUGUUUAUAGUAUACACAGUUUAUCAUAAGAAGUAUUAUUCAUGCUAUGUCAAAUUGUUUUGUUGUUUAGUUUAACCAUUCUAUCUUGGUCAUAGAGACUCAUAGGGUUUUCUUCUUUUCUCUCUGUAUGCUACCAAGUUCUGUGCAUAACAGUGAAAUAUUAGCUUAUUUUUGUCCA